AUGGCGGAGCUUCACAUAUUCGGACGAAUAGAAUCAGCGGAAAAUUUUAAAAAGUCUAUUUUAUUUUGUAAAUGGAGUUUUCAUACCGGAAGUGGCUGGAAAUUAUUAAAUGGAAAUAGUGAAGGACAAACCCAAGAGUGUCGUGAUUUUUAUCGUAAAAAAUUAGCCUGGGAUCAUCCGAUCGACUUGCACUAUACAACGCACACGCUGCAAGGUUCACCAAAAUUGUUACUGCAAAUUUUUUCACGUGAUAAUUACGGUAGAAUAUUAUUCACUGCCUACGGUACAUGUUCGGUGCCGAUGAUUCCUGGAUUUCAUCAAAUUAAAUGUCAUACAUGGAAACCAAUUGGUAACUGGCAAGACAGAUUGAGAGAUAAGUUUUUGGGUAUGACAUUACAAUUAAAAACACCGAGUCUCCUAGCGAACAGUACUGACCGAUUUGAGUUAUUAACUGAAACAGAGGGUGAUGUUGACAUAAACUUUCAAAUAAUAACCCGGAAUUUUAAUAAAUUCGGUUGUCAUUGA